AUGAGCCCCAAGAAGGGCGAAACCGGUCGUGGACUGUCAAAGAGUUUUCAGCAACCUUUCGAAAUUCGCCUGUCGAGUUCUUUGAACAUAAGGUUGACGGAAACCCGGGGACUUCGCCUACCUGAUGAGCUCCAAAAAGAGCGAAACAGGUCGUGGGCUGUCGACGGAUUUCCAGCAACC